ACGUCAGUACCACUCAUUGACAACCCAUCGGGGUCGGAGAUUUGCUCUACCAGUGAUUCAUCUCCAAAUAAACCAAGCAUAUACCACGGCACGUGGCUUGGCAAAGUCAUUUGUUUGUCACUUGAAUCAUGAGGGAAAAAAAAGUGUGCCUGCAAACAACUACGAACAGGCGCUCUUCGAACAGUCAACUCUCCGCAUCGAGGACAACACCUAGCGAAAUGUUGGUAGAUAGACAUCUCUGUUACCUAUUUUUAACUUCUCUUAUCAAGACAAGGCCUUAAACUGGCGAAACUCAUCAUGGUAUGGAGUCAGAUCCAUCCGACGUCACUCCAUCUCAGCUUCCUGUUUCUAUCGGGCAGUAUCCUCCUAUAUACAGUGCUAUCACGCUUCCUGAAAGAAACGCUUCUUCUGGCGGAACCUCCUCUCGCGACCCUAGUGGGCAUUUUGACUGGACCAGCGGCUUUGGGCGUCGUUGAGCCCCAGCCUUGGAAGCUUGGAGAUCAUGUUACGAAGGAACUGGCACGGCUCACUGCAAGUAUGCAGGUAUUCAUUGUGGGGAUCGGACUACCGGAUGGGUAUUGCAGGAAACACUGGAGAGGAAUCGGCGUCCUGCUCGGUCCAGUCAUGAUAGGUGGCUGGAUCGUAUGUGCAACUUUAAUCCAUUUCAUAUUCGGUUCUAGUUAUCCAUCCGCGCUCGUGAUCAGCGCUUGCCUGACUCCGACCGACCCAGUACUGGUCGCCACCAUCCUGGAAGAUCCAAAGGCAACAAGCGACCGUAUCAAGUACCUCUUGGCUGCAGAAUCUGGCGUGAAUGACGGUGCCUCUUUCCCAUUUCUUUAUCUUGGGAUAUUUAUACUGAGGGAGCAUUCGGUUGGUGCUGUACUGCGAGAAUACCUGACGGUGACGAUUGCCUACCAAUGUAUUGCGAGUGUUGUUGUCGGAGUCGCCCUCGGUUAUGGAGCAAACAGGCUCCUCCGAUACUCCCACGAGCGAGGUAGGAUUACCGAGAACUUUGUCGCACUGUUCCCCCUGGCCCUGAUCUUCUUCAGCUUAGGGUUCUCAAGCACGAUGGGGAUGGAUGACUUUCUGCUUGUCUUCAGUGCAGGCAUCGGGUACGCAUAUCACGGCAGACUGGAACACGCCUACCAGGUAAAUCCGGUGGCCACCUCAUUCAUCAGCUUCUCCCUCAGCAUCGCCACAUUCAUCUAUUUUGGCCUGAUGAUCCCGUGGGCUGCUGUGACGGAUACACCAAAACUAUCUUUGCUGAAGAUGGGCAUAUUUGUGCUCCUUGUUCUGCUAUUGCGGCGGAUCCCCUUUGUUCUCGCCCUGAAGUCGUUGAUGAACCAGGACAUCAAGACAUACAAGGAGGCGCUCUUUUGCGGCCACUUUGGUCCCAUGGGCGUUGGUGCUCUAUUCUUGUCCAUAGAGGCCAGGGACAGUCUAAAUACAUCUUGCUCUCGGGCGCGAGAGCACUCGAGCAGUCAUUGGGGCGAAUAUGCGUGUGAAACUGUGGAGUUGGUUUGGCCCAUUGUUUGCUUUACUGUGUUAGGAUCGGUUGUGGUGCAUGGUUUGAGCAUGAGCAUUGCGAAGUUGACUCGGACAUUGGUGCGCACUAAAAAGCAACAAGGAAAGUCAUCAUGCGUAUCCAAUGCCGCCAACACGCAAUCAGAAAGCAUGGAUGGUGGGAUAUACCAUGACGAGGAGAGCCUUCUCUAA